CGAAAACUAUCGCGUGAAGUCCGUGUAUUGUUGCUAAACAACAGUAAACAAGAUGGCGACGAUGUAGGAAAUCCCGCGGUUGACAGAAAAAUAAUAUUCUCUUGCAUCAGAUUGUUGCAGAUCUCAAGAUGCCGGACUCUCAACCACCUGCUGAGAGGUCUGAAAGGAACAGGAAAAAGUUGUCUCCCUUUGAGCUGAAAAAACUAUCCCCUCAAGAAAGAAGCAGAUAUCUCGCAUAUGAGGAACCCCCAAAGCAUGUGAGUGAGGCCGUGAGUGCCACACAUAAGAGGCUUGUAGAGCUGAAGAAAGCCAGGAUCAGAGACUCUGCUCCACCAUCAGAUAAAGAAGUUGAGGAGAAAAACAAAUACGAUAACUUAAUAGGACAACUAAAGGCAGCAGAAUCCAGGAAUCGGUUAAGGAUCAUGAGACUGCGUUACCAAGCCAACAGGGCCCAGGAAAUCAGCCACUUGAUCGCAUGCCAGCCAGUGGCCUUGAAGGCUGUCCGACUCCAGGCCUUGCUGCCCCCAUACCCAGACACCAAGGACCGGGGAGAUCGCCUGGACAAACUAGAUAGAGACCGGGUGGAGCAAUUGCUGGAGGACACAGAGGGUCUCCAGACCAACAGGAUCCACUGAUCUCUGUCUUCAUCUGUCUCACAUCAUCAUCAGGAGGGACUUGUUGGUGGGAAGAUGGACGUGUUCGUUACCUUUCACAGAUUGGUGUCAUUACUUCGUCACUGCAUGGCUGUGUUCAUCAUUUUGUUGUCACUGAUCUCUCUUCAUCAUAGGAAACUAAAACAGAUUUAAUUCAUAUAUUGAAAUGACAUUUUUGUCAUCUUAAUGUAUAUUCACACAUAUGUAUUUUUAAUAUGUCACUUUUCGCUUAUUAUAUGCCACUUUUAGGCAUUUGAAUUUUUGAUUAGUUAUAUGUAACAAAAUGCUGUUUAUUUCUAGAAAUUACUGAGGUACUUUUUUCUCUGUGAGAUAUUAGUCUAUUCUUGUACAAACAAUAUGACUGCACGGUAUAACUGGAACGCCAGUAUACUGCAAUACCCUUAACAUAUCAUGCAUUGUGCAAAAACUUCUGUAAAAAAAUAUAACAAGUUUUAUUAUUAUUUGUAUCGUUUAACCUAAACUCUACACCGAGAUUCAUUCACAAAUGAUUUUUCCCCUCCAAAUUGAUUGACAAAACGGGGGUAGUGAUUUUUCUCACAUUGUUAUCUCCCCUGUAUCCCUGACUACAAAACGACAGACAUCGUUUGACCAUGCUGAUUUGCAAGAUUUACUUUAGUAUGUAGAAAAUAGGAUCUACAUGUACAAUCAGUGUCAAUCACUGUCAAACACUUUAGCUCCCAAUAUAUGGCAGUACAUAUCACAAUAUAUUGCAGUACAAUGUUUUGGCAGUACACAGCCCUAACAAAGGUAUUGACAGUUUACUACAUGAAGUUAUUCAACCAAAUUAACCUACAGUUGAUUAGUUUCAGGAUUGCUAUUGGUCAGAAUCCAUGUCAUGAACAUUUGCCACAUUGCCUGGUAGCAACACGGCGUGAUGUCAUGAUACUGCCGCAUGUCAUGGCAUGUGCUUGUCAUCAUUUGUAUAUUUAGCAUGAUUGUACAGAGCAAUUGACAAAAUAUACAGAAUAUGUUUCAUUUGUAAUUUAUGUACAGUAAAUAUUAUUGAUAUGAAGGUAUUGAAAAAAUAGCUUGGAUCAUGUACUGUACAACUUCAAAUAAAUGUGUCACAUGUUAA